AUGCUGCGCUUGCAGGCUCUCGCGGGCAAUGCGCGUGCCAGAGCUCCCAACGCGCUUUCCGCAAACUCCCUGAGCAGAUCAUGCUCUCGGAAUGCUGCCUCCAUCAGAGCCUCGUCGACGACCAGUACCACUGCUUCUCUGCGCAAGAGACCCCAAGCUCCAGGAUACACGUCACGCCUGAAACAACUUCAGGGACCCAACGCACUUGGCUUCUUCACCCGCUCCGUAUCCACCCAACCGGCUCCAUCCCGAUCUUCUCGCACCCUCAAGCUCAUCUACGGGACAGCAGCCUGGGUGGGCAUCUUCACGACCGUCGGUGCUGGUAUCGUCCUGGCGUUCUUCGUCUAUGACUCGACUACCUACAAUGAAGAGCCCUUCAAUGAAGACAUCUCGGUUUCAGAGCUUGCGCUGUUCCCCCGGGUAGGAGGGCCGAAAAAUCUACCAAUUGCCGAACACCUGAUGGACGACGAUGAUAGCCCUGAGAAGAAGGAGCAGAAGCACAAGCCGAAGCUGGUCGUACUUGGCACGGGCUGGGGCAGCAUCGCUCUUCUUAAGGGCUUGAAUCCGGACGACUACCACGUUACUGUUGUCGCGCCUUCGAACUACUUCUUGUUCACGCCAAUGCUGCCCUCGGCGACUGUUGGCACACUGGAGCUCAGGUCGCUGGUCGAGCCUGUGCGCAGGAUAAUUGCGAAACUCGGCGGACACUUCAUGAAGGCUAAGGCUGUGGAUGUCGAGUUUUCGGAUAAGCUGGUUGAAAUUCAAGGCCUUGGUCCUAACGGCGAGGAGCAACACUUCUACCUUCCUUAUGACAAGUUAAUCAUUGGUGUCGGAUCUAUCACAAACCCCCACGGUGUUAAAGGCCUCGAGAACUGCCACUUCCUCAAGGAUAUCACCGAUGCGCGCUUGAUUAGAAACUCUGUGAUCAGAAACUUGGAAACUGCAUGUCUGCCAACCACCAGCGACGAGGAGCGCAAACGUCUUUUGUCUUUUGUGAUCUCUGGCGGUGGCCCCACUGGUGUCGAGUUUGCGGCUGAGCUGUUUGAUAUGCUUAAUGAGGAUCUGACCAAGUUCUUCCCGAAGAUCCUGCGCUCGGAAAUCUCGGUGCACGUCAUCCAGAGCAGGGGACAUAUCCUUAACACCUACGAUGAGGCUCUUUCCAGAUACGCCGAGGCUCGUUUCGCGCACGACCAGGUAGAUGUCCUUACAAACUCCAGGGUUAAGGAGGUCCUACCGGAUAGGAUUCUCUUCACUCAAAAGGAUGACGCUGGCAAUGUCAUUACCAAGGAACUUCCCAUGGGCUUCUGCUUGUGGUCCACUGGUGUUUCGCAAACCGAAUUCUGCAGGAAGCUCGCCAAGAAGCUCGACGGCCAGCACAACAAGCAUGCUCUUGAAACCGAUUCUCACUGCCGUCUGGUUGGCGCACCCCUUGGUGAUGUCUACGCCAUUGGUGACUGUAGCACCGUACAAAACAACGUCUCGGACCACAUUGUGACCUUCCUGCGCACUCUGGCAUGGGAGAAGGGCAGGAACCCGGAGGAAAUGCAGCUCUCGUACGCAGAAUGGCGGCACGUAGCGAAGCGGGUGAAGGGACGCUUCCCGCAAGCCGCGGACCAUCUGAAGCGGCUUGACCGGCUGUUCGAGGUGUACGACAAGGACAAGAGCGGAACGCUCGACUUCGGCGAGCUGCACGAGCUGCUGCGACAGAUUGAUAGCAAGCUGACGUCGCUGCCGGCGACGGCCCAGCGGGCGCACCAACAAGGCCAGUACCUGGCGCGCAAGUUUAACACGAUGGCGCACAUGGCGCCGGGCAUGCAGUUAAAUCAGGUUGACUACGGCGACCUCGACGACGCUGUCUACAAGGCCUUUGAGUACAGGCAUCUCGGCUCGCUCGCGUACAUUGGCAACGCUGCCGUCUUCGAUAUCAACGGCCUUAACUUCUCGGGUGGUUUGCUCGCAGUUUACCUCUGGCGCAGCGUUUACUUUGCGCAGAGCGUCAGCUUGCGCACGCGUAUUUUGCUGGCGAUGGAUUGGACAAAGCGCGCACUGUUCGGUCGUGACCUGAUGAACUUCUAA